UAAAAACAACACAAAACUUGUUUCGUAACUUAUAAUGCAAAAUAAAAUUUGUUUUCAAAAAAAUAUGAAAAUACACCAAUAAAUACUUAAAAUUGUAUUUAGAAAUUAUAUAUUAUUUGAAAAGAAAAUUCCAUAUUUUAAUAAAAAAAGCAGAUUCAAACUUAUUCUCAAAGAUGGCUUUGCGUUUUAUUCGAUACAAUUUUAAUUUUUUUGGAAACAAAAGACAGUUGUCAGCAUUAGCAGAGGCAGUUCAAAGAGUACGUUCUUCAGGAAAUUCUAUCAAUGAAACCAAAUAUGCAAAAUUUAAUUGGGAAGAUCCUUUAAAUCUUCAAAGCUGUUUAGUAGAUGAAGAAAUCAUGAUCAGAGACCAAGUUCGUACAUAUGCACAGGAACAUCUUAUGCCUCGAAUAACACUGGCUAACCGAAAUGAGGAAUUUGACAGAAACAUAAUGUAUGAAAUGGGAGAUAUGGGUUUGUUGGGUGCUACAUUAAAUGGUUAUGGUUGUGCAGGUGUUUCAUAUGUAACUUAUGGUUUAGUUGCAAGAGAAAUUGAGAGAGUUGAUAGUGGCUAUAGAUCAGCUAUGAGUGUACAAUCUUCUUUAGUAAUGUUUCCUAUUUAUGCUUAUGGUACUACUGAACAGAAAGAAAAGUAUCUUCCUAAACUUGCAAAAGGUGAGUUGGUUGGUUGUUUUGGUUUAACGGAGCCAAAUUUUGGAAGCGAUCCUGCUGGGAUGGCCACAAAUGCAAAAUAUGUUCCUGAAAAAAAAUGUUUUAUACUGAAUGGCAGUAAGCAAUGGAUUACAAAUUCUCCAAUUGCUGAUGUUUUUAUUAUUUGGGCAAACUGUGAAGAUAAAGAAAUCAGAGGAUUUAUUUUAGAGAAAGGUAUGAAAGGUCUAACUGCUCCAAACAUUGAAGGAAAGUUUUCUUUAAGAGCAUCAAAAACAGGUUCAAUAUUUAUGGAGGAUGUAGUUGUGCCUGAACAAAAUUUGCUUCCAUAUGUCACUGGUUUAAAGGGACCAUUUGGAUGUUUGACUAAUGCAAGGUACGGAAUUGCCUGGGGUGUCUUAGGUGCUGCAGAGUUUUGUCUUCAUAUGGCAAGAAAUUACACUUUAGAAAGACAUCAAUUUGGUCGCCCUCUUGCUCAAAAUCAACUUAUUCAAAAAAAGCUGGCUGAUAUAUUAACAGAGGUAGCCAUUGGGCUCCAAUCAUGUUUACAAGUUGGUAGGCUUAUGGAUAAAAAAAAAGUUGCUCCAGAGAUGGUCUCUUUAAUUAAAAGAAAUUCAUGUGGCAAGGCAUUAGAUGCUGCAAGAUUAGCUCGUGACAUGUUAGGAGGUAAUGGUGUGUCAGAUGAAUAUCAUGUUAUCAGGCAUUGUAUGAAUUUGGAAGCAGUUAAUACUUAUGAAGGAACUCACGAUAUUCAUGCUUUGAUACUUGGCAGACAGAUAACUGGAUUGCAAGCAUUCAACUGAUUUUUUAAAACUUGGUUACACUUUAGUGAUAUAUCUAAAAUAUUUAUCAUCUUACAUAUUCAAAUAUUGUUACGAAAUUGCAUUUAUUUAGCAAGUAAAAUUUUUUUUAAACGUCAAAACUUUAGAUAAUAUAAAAUAUAAAAUUUGUACAAUUUGUUAAAAAUUAUAUUUGAUAUGUUUUAAAAUUUAAUGAUUGUAUUAAAUUUUAUACGAAAUGUAUUAAAUUUUAUACUGUCCGAA